AUGCUCCGGCUGCAGAAUCCUCAGUCCUUCCACUUCCUCCCAAGAGCCGACGUCCUGAGACACUCUAAUGUCCUCUGCGACGCUGCAAUCUGCGUGGACGGCCACUUGUUCCAGGCUCACCGCCUGGUCCUGGCCUGCACCAGCCGAGCUCUGGCCCGGCUCAUGUCCCUGCAGCAGGAUGGCCGGGUCCAGUGCGGCGUGCAGGGCGUGUCCGCACGCACCUUCAAACAACUGCUGGACUACAUCUACGCUCAAGUCGUGGAGGUGACCGAGCCAGAGCUGCAGACGCUUCUGCGCGGCGCUCAGCUGCUGGAGAUGGACGGGUUGGAAGAGCAGUGCAAAACACUGCUUCUCAAACUCCAAAAACCCAACACAGAGACGACAAACUGCAUCACACCUGCACCAAAAACCGGCAAAGAGGUCAAAGAGGAGCUUUUGAUCUGCAAACGCAAAGAAACCGCAGAAGAAGUCAGUGAAGAAAAGUCGCAUCAGAAAGCUCAAACUCUGUCCCAGAAUCCCCGGGACAGCGUGAUCACCUCUAGCGUCCUGUCCUCUCCCUGGACUCUACCAGCCCAUGUGUGGAACUCGGUCAGCACGUUGAGACACAUUGCUCAGAACUACUCGCUGAUGUCGAUGCCCAAUACCUUAUGCUCCCUGUCCAUGCCCCCCCACCGUGUGCUGCUGUCGUCGGCCUUCCACAGACCGGCCCGGGACUUAAACAGACUGGCCCGGGACUUGCACAGACCGGCCCAGGCCAUGUCAGUGCCAGAUUUCCCGUCUGAGACCGGUCCUUUGAGGGCGGGAAGCUUCAUCGCGCAGGGGCUAAAGAGGAAGAAGCUCAAGGACAGGGCCUCAAGGACAAGGACUCAGGACAGGACCAGUUGCAGGGGUGAAGCUAAAGUGGAUGCAGGACGAGGCUGCCAGCUCUGCUCCUCCCAGCCACAGGGCUCCUCAGAAUGCAGAUGUCCCUCGGCUGUGAGACCUGGUGCUCAGGAGCCUCAGCACAAACCCUAUCAGUGUCAGCGCUGCAUGAAGAGGUUCAGCCUGAAGCAUCAGCUCGACACACACCUGCGCGUGCACACAGGAGAGAAGCCGUUUGAGUGCCUCCUGUGCGGUCAGCGGUCACGAGAUUACUCCGCCAUGGUGAAGCACCUCCGGACACAUGGGGGCGCUGCUCCGUACCAGUGCACGGUGUGUCUCCAGUUCUGCAGCAGCCUGGUGAACAUGCAGAGACACGUGAAGAGCCACGAGCUGAGCCACUUCCCCCACGACUGGAGCCUGGCGCGCACUUACAUGUACCGCUCCCACCUGUGA